GAGUAAGAAUAUUUGAAACAUUUGAUAAGUCAUUUAUAUAGAUAAGAAAUAGUAAUGGCCCAGGUAUGGACCCCUGAGGAACCCCACAGAGUAUACUUGCUUUGCUAGAAUAGAAAACCUUAAAACAAACAAACUUGUCUUCUAUUAAAAUGUAAUUCUUCAACCAUUUAAAUGUAAAAUCAUGAAAACCAUAUUUAUAUGACUUUUCCGAUAAAAUAUAAUGAUUAACUGUAAAGUUUUACACCCACAAACAGAUGCUAAACUUCAAAUCUCUAAUUAAAUUAACCAUCUUUAUAGACAUUAUCAGUGUUUUACCACUAACUUGCAGUUCUCUGCUAAUGUCUGCAUUGACAUUUUAGUCAUGGGUGAUAUUUCCAUUGAGUUUUGCAUUCUGUUUUCACAAAUUUGCAUGUUUGUAGUUUCCAGAGAUAAUAGUAUCUCUCAAAACCUGUUUUCAAAAGUUUACAUUUUCAUGCCCCCAAAACGCUGUUGUCAUGUAAGUGAUUAGCCAAAAUGCAUAAACUUUUUUCGUCUUUUUUUUUUUUUAAACCGUGGAAAGGCUCCAUGGGUGUUAAAGGUUCUUUAUGAAACCAUCAAUGCCAAUAAAGAACCUUCAUUUUUAAGAGUAUAGAAGCAUUGUAAGUUCAUGUUAACUAAAAUUGUUGACUACUUUUAACAAAUGGAAGCUUAUUCUUAACUGUUAACCAGAUUAAUAUUGUAGGAGGACAUGUAAAGGGAACUACAGACUUUUUUUUUUCAGUGUUUAUAGUUAAAAAAAUAAAUAAAUAAAUCCAACCAGUAUUUCAUAUAAUGUUUAUACAGUCAUUAUACUACAGAAAAUAGGAAGAGCAUUUUAUCAUUCACAUCUAGCCUCACACAUGGCUUGGAGUACACACACACACACACCUCUGUUCUCCGUGAGGGACAAACUGUUAGAAAAAAUUAGCAGAGCAACAUAUUUUGUACCACCAGAGUAAACAUCUCAGAGAGUUAAUGUGCCAGAUUUUUCUGAGCCAGAACUUCUGGCUUUGGUGAGGUAUAUAGUUUCACUUAAUUCACCCUUGUGCUUUCAGAGAAACUAAAUUAAAAUGUGUGAAAAACUGUUUAAGAGUAUAGUGAUUUUUGCAAUUUAAUAUUAGGUAACAGUAUCUCAAAAAGUAAAUAAUAAUAAUACAUUUUAAAAAGUAAUUUGUGGAAAGUCCUCUUAUAAUUAUAUUGGAAAAUGUUUAAGCCCCACCCACAGUUCAUGAGAAGGAACAAACUCGGGUACUUCAGGAAAAAAAUAACAUGCAUCUUUCAGCGGUUCCUUUAUAAAAGCAGUCAAACACGCAGUCAUGGCGAUCGUAAGCAUGUGGAAGAGGUGCUGUUUGACUCAAGAUAGAGAUUUAAUAUGUCACAUUAAAACAGGUUUUGUUCUGCUGGUCACAUUGACAUUAACAUUGUUUGUCAUCUCUUGUAUCUACGUUGUCUUGUUUAAUCCACUCAAACAUCCUCACAUCUGGUUUAACCCUGUAAAUCAAACUCAGUCCUAUAAUGUGUUGACUGAGGGCUCGUCUGGCAAAAAAUUUGUCUGGAAUUUUUUAACUACUCCACAAAUCUUUCAAACAACUACCGCACAAAAAAAUCAUAUUUCAGUGUAUCAUCAUGUGGCUCAUCCAAGGAACUAUCACUUCAUCCUAGAUGAACCUAAUAAAUGCAAGCAGGAUCCGUUCCUGGUCUUGAUGGUCCCUGUGGCCCCCCAUCAGCGGGAGGCUCGUAACGCCAUCCGGAGCACAUGGGGGAAUGAGAGCUCAGUGCAGGGAAAAGCAGUGCUGACUCUGUUCUUGGUGGGUUUGACUGGAGGAGCUGAAGCUCAACAGCAGCUGGAGGAAGAGAGUCGACAACACAGAGAUUUACUGCAGAGCAACUUUGUGGACUCCUACUUCAAUCUGACCAUAAAGACGAUGGUGAUCAUGGACUGGUUGGCCACUCGUUGCUCUCAAGCGACUUUUAGUAUGAAGGUUGAUUCUGACAUGUAUAUAAACCUGGAGAACCUGAUGAGCCUCUUACUGUCACCCAACACACCCAGACAGAACUACAUCACAGGCUAUUUGAUGUGGAACCAGAAUGUCAUUAGAAACAAAAAAUCUAAGUAUUACGUCUCAGAGGAGCUGUACCCCGAACCAAAAUACCCCACGUAUGUUUUGGGAGUAGGAUAUGUUUUGUCCAAUGAUCUUCCCCAAAAAAUAGUUGAGGCUUCCAAGGACAUGAAGCCAUUUAACAUAGAGGAUGCAUAUGUGGGCACUUGUCUGAAGCGGUUGGGCAUAAAACCCUCACGUUCUCCAGAUCCUUCUCAGUUUCGAACCUAUAUGAAGGAUUCUAAAGGUCACGACCUUUCCAAGGUCAUUAUAACAAUCGCAAGGUCACCGAAGCAGAUAAUAGAGUUCUGGCAAAGUGUGAAGAGACACAAAUGAACUGAUAAAACAGCAUGCAAGGAACAGGAAGACACAACACGUCUUCUGUAAACACAUGGCUAUACACUUUACUGGAAGAGGAAAUAUAUCCUAUAUGCAUGUGUGUAUAUAUGCA